CCUAUGAUCAGUUACUAGUGAUGUAGAUGGGCCUUCUCAGGCAGUACAGUGGGCUCCAGAGUCCAGAUCCACCACUUUCCCUCUCUCGUCUCCUUCUUCUAUAGUUCAUUCAUACUCGUUCCAGAGUUGUAUUGGUACCACGCACCGGGAGAGACCUCAUUCCUUAAGCAGAUCAAUCUUCUCAGGAAAAAUAAAUCUCAUUCAGCAUAUGUAAUAGAUACGAUCUCUGCUCUGCUCUUCCCCUUUUUCCUUCGGACCAAUUUUUGUCGUCUUCUUACAUCGUCUACCAGCAGGCAAAAAUGGGAGGAAGAGGAGUAAUCGGAGACAAAUGGUCCAUGAGGGUUCUCUGGGCAUGUGCAAUUGGAAGUGCAUUUAGCUUGUACUUUGUCGCUGCUGAAAGGCAAUUGCAGAACAGACAGCGAAUGCUGGCUGAAAGUUUGGAAGCCAUGGAAUUAGAGUCCAGGGAUGGCGAUGACGUUUGACUCUGAUGAAAUUACAAAACCAUAACGAGAGAGAAGAAGAGUUCUUGUCUAGUAUUUGUCAUUAGUUUUUGAGCCCACAUCGUGGAGUGUUUCUCUGUAUGAGAAUAAACUUUAAACUUUAAAGAGAUUACAUUUUUGACUGAAAACUCUUAAAAGACAGGUUUUGGUGACCAGUAAUAAUGCAUAUAUAACUCUUAAUAA